UGCAGAGCCACCAUUUUCGUUUAUUCUCCUAGUUUACCAAAAAUAUUUUCCCCAAAUUUUUUUUGUUUCAAUUUGCAGGCCAGUCAACAGCAUUUCAUUCUUCUCCAUUGGCCAAAACCAGUGACUCAGAUUCAGCUUGUCUUUCCAAAAAUGGAGCAAUCAUUUUUUGAUAGAAUGAUCACCCAUCUCCGUUCAUCUUGCAAGUAUUAUACUGGUUAUCCUAAAGAUCUUGGACCAUCACGAGUUAUUCAUUUCAAAUCCGAGCGUGAAUUUGUACAGCUACUUCAGCAAGGUCAUCCCGUUGUUGUUGCAUUCACUAUCAGGGGGAACUACACAAAGCAUCUUGACAAAGUACUGGAGGAAGCUGCUGUUGAGUUCUAUCCGAAUGUUAAAUUUAUGCGCGUUGAGUGCCCAAAAUAUCCAGGGUUUUGUAUAACACGGCAGAAGAAUGAAUACCCAUUCAUUGAAAUAUUUCAUAGUCCAGAGCAAGCAGCAGAUCAAGGGAGGGUUGUCGAUCCAAGUACCACAAGAUAUUCUGUAAAAGUUCUACCUUUCAAUUACGAUCUCAGUGCUUAUGGAUUUAGAGAAUUCUUCAAGCGCCAUGGGAUUCAAACAUCAGACCGAAAGUAAACUCUAGGUGACAUCGAUCUAUAAGAUUAUCUGUGUCAUAGAAUUACGGGAAUGAAAGAUUAUUUAUCAAUGUUAUAUUAUCCUGUACGGUAUAUUUAGGUGGAAUGAUUUUUUUUUUUUUUUGUUUGGCUGAUAGAUAAGCAGAAUUUACUAUUCUUGUUAUAGAAAAUUUUUAACAAGCUUAGCUCCUUCAAUGUUCAGGAGGUAAUUGAUAUUUUUCGAUGUUGGGAUUGAGAUUCCAAUGUACAUUCCUAAUAAUGAUAUAUAUCAUUAUAAAGUUUGGUA